AUGGGCGGAGGCAAGCCGAUAGUCCUACGCUUAGGCGAAGACGUUAAGUAUAACCGCGACUUCUACGAAAAUGUCUUUAAAAACAAAUUCGACGUUGUUGCAAACGAGGAACCUGAUCGAGAGUCGUUUAUCAAGGCUUUGAAAGAAAACAAGAAUACCGGUGGCGAAAUGGGCCAAUGGGACGACGAACUAAUUCCCCUUCUUCCACCAUCAGUCCGCAUCUUUGCUUCCGCCGGUGCAGGCUUCAACUGGGCUGAUGUCGACGCUCUCGGCCGCCGUAAAAUCUGGUAUGCCAACGGCGCAGGCGCCAGUGACGAAGCAGUCUCAGACACAGCUCUUUGGAUGAUUCUAUCAGUCUUCCGGAACUUCUGGAUGUCGCAGAAAGGUGCUCGUUCGUGCGAUCCUGAGCAGUUCAACAAAAUGCACAAAUUUAUCGCUAUGAUCUCAUAUAACCCUCGAGGUCAUGUCCUGGGUAUUGUCGGUUUGGGAAAUAUCAGUAAGCUAGUCGCCCAAAAAGCGCGAUUGGCUUUGGGUAUGAAGAUCCACUACUUCGAUAUUGUGAGAUCUCCGUCCGAGGUUGAAGAGGAGCUUCAGGCAACAUACCACUCAUCUCUCCAUUCCCUCCUCAGCAUUGCCGACUGCGUCACGCUACAUACACCGCUCAACGCCCAUACACAAGAUAUGAUCAACAAAGAAGCAUUCGGCGCCAUGAAAGACGGCGCACGAUUAGUCAACACAGCUCGUGGACAAAUUGUCAACGAAGAAGCCCUGAUCGACGCACUGAAGAGCGGCAAGAUCUCAGCUGCUGGACUAGACGUACAUUACCAUGAGCCGCAGGUGUCCAAAGAGCUAGCGGAGAUGGAUAAUGCGAUUUUAACGUGCCAUAAUGCAGGAGCUGCUGUAACAACGAGGAUUAACUUUGAGCUCACCGCGAUGGAGAAUAUCAUGAAGGUUGUGGAUGAGAAUGGGGACUUUUGUGGGGAGCCGACGACGGCUGUUAACCGCAAGGCUUUCGAAGAAGCUUCUUCAUGA